AUGACGGAUGCUUCAGAGGUUGCCGUAGUUGCUGCUCUGCAGCAAUACAUUGAUGACGAAUGGCAUCCGAUCGCAUACUGCUCACAGAAAUUGAAAUCAGCUGAAACAAGAUACAGCACAUUUGACAGGGAACUAUUAGCUAUGUAUCUUACCAUAAAGCACUUUCGCCGUCUUCUUGAAUGUCGACAGUUCUACGUUUUGCCGGAUCACAAGCCUCUCACUUACGCUCUCUCUUCACGUGCGGACAACCAUGGCCAUGACACCCGAGCAGCUGAUGACCUAUUGCGCAUUGAGGCAGUGAGUCAGCAGCACCCGGUUGUGAUCAAUUUUGAUGAGAUGGCCACUGCACAACGAAACAGCCCAGUUGCAGCAAGCAAUGCCGAAUGUCAGAAAAAGAAAACCCGGGAUAGUUUGAAAUUAUUCAAUGAAGGCGAUCCAAGGGAAGGUCCUCUAGAUCUUAGUCUUGAUGCUGAAUUCGUUGAUGUUUACAAAGGAACUCAUGGAGUUGUACUGGUGUUGGACAUAACGAAGAAUUGGACAUGGACAUAUGUGCAAAACGAAGUACCACGAAUUCCAUCUAACAUCCCUGUCUUGAUUCUGUCUAACUAUAGAGAUAUGGGUGAUCAUCGAGUUGUACGCUUGGAAGAAAUUCAGCAGUUUAUUGAAGAGUUCAAACGAGGAGGAGAGAAUGCUGCAAGUCUUUAUCAUGCUGAAUCGUCAAUGAAAAAUGCUUAUGGUUUGAAGUAUCUUUACAGUUUUCUCAACAUUCCAUUUCUCAAAUUACAGAAUGACACUCUUCGUCAACUUCUGACAAGAAAUGAGGAAGAAAUGAAAAGCACGCUUGAGGAACUUGCUCUUAUGAGAGGAAAGGAAGAACAGAACUACGACAUGUUUGAGGACAUGCUGGAGAAACGGAGACAGGAACAUGAGAAAGAGACUGGAGUUGAAUUUAAGGAGACCACAGAGGAACAAAGACAAAAACAGGAGAAUUUGAAUGUUGUUGCAGUUGAUGCUCAGUCUAAGACAGGUACAUUGCUGCCACAGCAGCAGUUAAGAGUUGAAUCAGCAGUGGAGGCAGAACGAAAGGAGUCUAUUGGUUCGCGUUUGUUUUCUCGAUUUAAAUCCAAAUUUAAGGGCAAAGCAGGUUUACCACAAGAGAAACAACAAACUGCGGUGCAAAAUAGUGAUGAGAUAGUCUCACACAAGAUGUCAACUACUAAGACAGUGAAUGUUGAUGAAUUUGUGCCAGAUGAAAAACUGGAUGCAUCAUUUUUUGGCGGUGUACGGGAAGACAUUAGACAACCAGAAGACGACAACGAAAGUGGUGAAGAAGAAGGCAAUCCAAUGGUAACUGGCGAUGUAGAUGUUGACUUUGACGAUGAAGAUAUCGUUUCAUCAAAUAAGCAGCAAGAAAUUGCUGUGAUGUCAUCUCAGAGAGCAAUGAGCGAAGCAUCAGAGUCUGAAGAAGAAGAAAAAUCUGUAGCGAAUGUUGUUGAUGUUGACGUUGCUUCUGUGAAGCCCAUUGAGAUUUUUGGGACUCCUAGAGGCAGUGGUCCAGCUGUCAAGCCAUCUCCUGACAAGGUGAUGAAACAGAAAAAAGCUGAUGUGGUGGCUAGCAGUCCAAGUGAGAGUGAAGAAGAAGUAGUUGAAACAGUAGUUGCUGUGAAUGAAGACAUUGAUGGUGGCAGCCUUUCAGAAGAGGUUGAAGAUGAGGAAAAGAGAAAGAGAGAGGACAAGGCAAGAGCUGAAGCAGCCGCUCUUGACAUUGGACCAGCAAUGCACAUUCCCAGUGGCCUUGAUGCAUGGCUUGAAUCAAUGGAAGCAGACAUUAAAUUGCCAGAACCAAUGGUGGCAUCCUUUGCUCCAGUUAUGCCAAAAAGUACUGCGACUACAGCAGAGAGAAUGAAGAGUGAGCAAGAGUCACCAAAGGAGAAGAAGCACAGGAAACAUACAGAACGAAGCUCAAAAGGCGGUGGAAUGUCAGACGAGAAGGAAAAGAAAAAGAAGAAGAAACACAGGCACAGACAUCAUGGGAAGGAGGAAAGAUCCAGAGAAGGCGGAAGUAACAGCAGAGAUUAUGAGCUUAUUUGCUAAUUUUCUAUAUUUUGUUACUUUUAUGGCGUUACCGUGUUCAUGCAAAUUUAUUGAGUGUAGACACAUGUCAGUUAGCUAGAACUGUCUGAGCUGCAGCAGGCAGUUGACCUGAAAGUUGUAGGUCGAUUCUUCAGGAGGAAAUCUAACGUUUGUCGUAGCUUAUAA